AUGAACGCAUUCUCAAACUUAAACCUCCAAAUCCCUGACAUGUGGGAAGUCAGGGAUGUCAUUAACAAAGUUAAAAAUGUCGUCUUGAAUUACACAGAAAUGGAAGCCAAGGUGCACGAUGCAACAAACAACGAGGCUUGGGGAGCAUCCAGCACAGUGAUGCAGGAAAUUGCACAAGCUACUUUCAACUAUCAAUAUUUCAAUGAAAUUAUGCCCACCAUUUACAAGCGUUUCACAGAAAAGGAAGCUAAACAGUGGAGACAAAUUUACAAGUCCCUUGUCCUGUUGGAGUAUCUCGUAAAAAACGGUUCUGAAAGAGUAGUCGACGAUGCUAGAUCUCAUGUUUCCAUGAUCAAGAUGAUGAAGAACUUUCACUAUGUCGAUGAAAAAGGCAAAGAUCAAGGCCUGAAUGUUCGUAAUCGUGCAAAGGAGUUGGCUGAGUUGCUUGGUGAUGUUGAUUUGAUCAAGGCGGAACGCAAAAAGGCCAAGAAGAAUCGCAACAAAUACACUGGUGUAGGAUCAGAGGGAGGCAUGAUGUUUGCUUCUGGAGGAGGAGGGUUCAGCAGUGGUGGCCUUGGCAGUGGCAGCAGCAGCAGCAUGGGCGGUGGAUCUCGUUAUGAGGGAUUCGGAAGUGACUCUAAUUAUUCAUCCGGGGGAGGCGGUGCAAGAGGAUUUGGCAGUGAUGACUACAAUAGCUCAAGCUACGGAAAUGGAGGAUAUGGCAAUAGCAGUGAUUUCUUUGACGAUGAGAGACCUGGUCGAUAUGAUGACGAUGAUUCGCCAUCUAUCUCUAGUCAGCGUCGUGGCAGUAAGAAAUCUGAUAGCUUCUCUUCUUCUGGUCCUCGCAGAGCCUCCAAUGCCAAAUCCACAUCCUCCACAUCCAAGCCCAAGACUGCCAAAGAGAUGAACUUGUUUGAUUUUGAUGAGCCUGCUGCUACAGCAACAUCCUCUACCAAGAAAGCCAAUGACGAUGAUUGGGGAGAUUUUGCUGAGGGAGAUGACGAUUUUGAUGAUUUCCAAAGUGCACCUACCAACACACAACAUCAACACACAGCAUCAGCACCACCUCCCAACCCUGCUCACACAGCAACUGCAGCAGCACCUAAAAAGUCAAACGACAUUUUUGAUCUUCUUGGAGACGAUAAUACAUUUACUUCAUCUUCCACAUCAUCUCCUGUUCCUCAACAACAACAGACACAGCCACACAACUUGAUGCUAUCUCAAAGCAUUUCGUUCGAUACACUGGUCGCUGGGAACAGCUCUUCUGCUGCAUCUUCGCCUGCAAUUCAACCCAUGCAUGCUGCUGUCAUGGGUGGAAGUGGUCGCCAAACACCUGUCAUGCAACAACAACAACAACAACAACAACAACAACAACAACAACAACAAAAGCAACCUUCCACUGAUAAUACCCCCAUUGGCGGCAUUUGGUCUCAAGCUUCUAUUUCACUUGGCUUGGAUUCUUUGGGUAGUAAACAAGCACCAGCUAAACCUGCUCAAGGUCCUUCGAUGAAUGCAUUGAAGAACAAUAGUGUGAAUGCAGGUUGGAAUAACUGGGCUUCUGCAAACACGUCUCAGCCUCAACAACAGCAACAAUCCAGCGGUAAACAAUCGUCUGCAUUCGAUGACUUAUUGUUUUAA